AUGACAUUCUUGUUGACAAGCCAAAUGAGCAGGAUUAUCCUCCUCUUAAUACUGUUGAUGGAGAUUACCUCGGCAGGAGGAAAGAGCAAUGUGAGAAAAGCCCAACAAGAAGAAGCGUUUGAUAAUGUCGAAGAUCAAGGACCCGUAGCGCCAGAACAAGGUAUUCGAGGUGGAUUUCCCGUCCAGCGACCAAUUCCGUGGUUUGUCAGCUUUGUUGGGGAUGUAGUCUGUGGAGGAGUCUUGAUACACGAAGAUAUGGUCUUGACAACAGCACACUGCGUCGACGGAUUCCAGUACCCCGAGAGAGUCCGAAUCGGAUCGCUCUUUCGGAAUCGCGGGGGAGAAGUUCGCAGAGUGCGACAAGGCAGAACUCAUCCCCGUUGGAACGGCAUUAUCGAAGAGGGAUACGAUAUUGCGCUUUUGAAAUUGAAUAGUCCCGUCAACAGUUCCUAUACACCUGCCACUGUCAACUCUUUCGGAAACGUCCCGCGCAGAUUGGAGCGAUUGUUCACGGUGGGACAUGGUCAGCAAGAGACCGGUGGAGCUCCCCCCGAUCGACUGCAGGGACUCCUCUACACGUACGUGGAAGACUGCGAACCUCGCUUGCCGGCGGGUGUGUACAAUCCCACCUGGUUUCUCUGUGCCAAUGCAAACCCCUCUCGAGGAACCUGUCCGGGUGAUUCCGGUGGUCCUGUCGUUGUCAAUGGGACCAAUAUACUCGUCGGGGUAAACUCCUUUUCUCCUGGGGAUUGUAACAGACAACAAGUGGAUGUGUAUUCACGUGUCAGUACCUAUUAUGAUUGGAUCAUUGCCGAAGUCUGUACCCUGGCUGCCACUCCACCCACCACGGGGUGUCCUCCCGGUUGCUUGUUUGCACCUCCCCAAUUGUUCACCCAGGGAUUUCAAGCCAUGAGAAGCUUUUUUGGGCUCGAACAACCGUAA